UGAGUGUGCAUGAGCAUCCAGCCUGCUCACCUCCCAGGCACAUUACAAUGCUGGCAAGCAGGGGAGUCGGCAAUCAGGAACAUAAAGCCCUCGUUCUGUCAAUCCUGCCGCUUUACAUAGUGACUACAGAACCUGUCUUGUGGGUGGGACUCAGGAGUUAACCCAUGCUGUGCUGCCAGGAAGGACAACUACGAUUUAACCCAUGCUGGGCUGCCUGGCGGACGACGAGGAAAGAGAGAAGGCUGAGUAAGGAACAAGAUCUGGGUGAAGAACAUCAACAAACAAAACUAUUGCUGCAGCAGCUGACACCAGGACGACCAGUGAGCCUCUCCAGCCUGCCCUCCCAGCCAAGGUAUGAAACGGUCGUUAAGUCCCGAUCACGGGCAAGAAAAUGGAAGGAUGAGCGCAGCAAUGUUUUUACGAUGUUUUGAGGAAAAAGUGACCUGGAUGGACAGGACAGACUGCCAGUUCUCUAAUGAAAAGAAGAAGAUCUUAUAUUCGCUAUGCGAAGUGUGCAACAUUCAGUUGAACUCUGCAGAUCAGGCACAGAUUCAUUACAACGGAAAGUCCCAUCUAAAAAGAGUAAAGCAGCUAAACAAUGGAAAGCUACCAACAAACACAUCGUCCGGAUCAUUACUUGUCAGCACCACUGGAGGUAGCACAUGUCACACCACGGCUCUUCCCACACUAGUUCGAACCCCAAGCCUAGUGGUUCAACCGUCCUUGGAUGUGAAGCCAUUUGUGUCAUUUCCAAUGGAAAAUAGUCCGGCUGUUGGACUCUUCCCAAACUUCAACACGAUGGAUCCUGUGCAAAAAGCAGUCAUAAACCAUACGUUUGGUGUUUCCAUUCCACCAAAGAAAAAACAAGUCAUUUCUUGCAAUGUCUGCCAGCUUCGUUUUAAUUCUGAUAGCCAAGCUGAAGCGCACUACAAAGGCAGUAAACAUGCCAAGAAGGUCAAAGCACUAGAGUCCACGAAAAAUAAGCAAAAAAUGGGUUCUCCAAAGGACAGCACCAAGGCUAUUACGAGCUCAACAGCCAGCCACAAAUCAGGAGAUGAAGAACGAUUAAAAGCCAGCAGUUCUGUCAGCCUCAAUAUGGCUGAGAUAAGGUCUUUCAUCGCCAAGUCAGAGAUUGCAUUAACAGCAGUGAUACCGGCAGCACUCGUGAAGAGCACCAACGGCAGUGCGAUCAUCGCUUCUGAAUCAGAAGAAGAGAAAGCCAAGAAGUUAUUGUACUGUUCACUAUGCAAAGUAGCAGUCAACUCGUUGUCACAGUUAGAGGCACACAACACAGGUUCUAAACACAAGACAAUGCUCGAGGCCCGGAAUGGUGCAGGUCCAAUUAAAUCCUAUCCCAGGUCUGGAUCCCGACUAAAAAUUCUAAAUGGCAGCAAAGGUUCAGGACUGCAAAACAAAACCUUUCAUUGUGAAAUCUGCGAUGUCCAUGUAAACUCAGAAAUCCAGCUUAAACAGCACAUCUCCAGCAGAAGACAUAAGGACAGAGUAGCAGGAAAGCCAAUGAAGCCUAAAUAUAGUCCAUACAACAAACUUCAGCGCAGCCCUAGUAUUUUAGCGGCUAAACUGGCAUUCCAGAAAGACAUGAUCAAGCCUUUAACACCAACCUUCUUGUCUUCACCUCUUGCAGCAGCUAUGACUUCAACCCUCUCAUUACCACCGAGGCCCCACAAUUCUUUGUUUCAGGGGUCUGCAUUAGCCCCUACCUUUCUAAGACCAGCACACGCCUCCAUUCGAGCAACUACAGCCUCCAUUCUGUUUGCACCAUAUUAAGAGUAUCGUGGCAGUAGUAGCUUAGAACAAAGGACUAGAACCUACAGCUCCAUUACAGACUCCUUGCACUGUCGUUGCUUCUCUUAAAGGGCCGUCUAAAUAUCAGAGAGCACAUGUGCUCAGCCAUUCUUUGCCAUGAUGAAAAGCUUAGUACAUAAUUAUGGAAAUACUUGCAGUCUGCCUUCUGAAAAGCAAGCUCUUUCUAAGCUCAUGUUGGAUUGAUUUUGCAACUUUGUGAUUUUUUUUGUAUCAUCAGCGAAUGCAGUUGUUGUUUUUUUGUUUUUUCCUGGCAGACUUGAAAAAGGGGGUCUUCCUAGUCCUUUGAUGUAAAUACAUGUUUGGAAUCCAAAUGUCCAUCUUGAAGUGUGGAAUCUAUAGACUUAAAAAAAAGUGCUUUAUUGUGGAUAACACCAAAUCAAUGGCUAACAUAAAGUAUUAUUCUAUGUGAUCAACUUGUAAAGUUUACAGGGAACGUGUAGUAUUGUUCUAGACCCAAAUGUUGUUGUGUCUUGUAUAGUUCUAGACUCUAAAUGCUGUGUUACAAAUGGAAGGCAACUCAGCUUUGAUGCAAUUUUAUUUUUCAUUUUCGUCCUAAUUUUGAUAGCUAAUCCAACCUAGAAAAGCCAUAUUGCAUUAUAUUGUCAUUCGGUGAAAUCAUCAAUGUUGCUUUAGUCCAUGAAUCAGCUAAGAGACUGGAAUAGUAGAGAAAAUAUAUAUUUAAUAGAUGUACUCAGAAAGUUAGAUGAGCACACAGAACAUUUCGUUAUUCUCAUAAAGAGCUAAUAAAAGUUCUCUACGUUUUUAAAUGGUCUAUUUUCCGUUGUAAAGCUAUUUUCUUUAUUUUUAUGAAAGCCACUUGCUUUUUUGUGGCUCCUUAAUGCAAUAAUGUACAGAGUAUAAGGUAUUUCUAGUUGAAUAUCUGUCCUUUUUAUUUCUAAACAUUUAUUGUAAUACUGGUGUUUUACUGAAGAUGUAUUCAACUAAAAGGGUAAUAUUUGAAAUGUUCAGUUAUUAAGGUGUCACAGCCAAUUGAACUAUGGAGCACAAAAGAGAGCCUUUUCAAGCACAUUCAUUUAGAUCAUUGACGGUUUCAAUCUCUGUGUACUUUUUUAAUGUUCCUUUUCAAUAAA